AUGUCUCUUCAUACUCCCCUUCCAAGUAACGUUCGCCAUGGUCUCGCAAGCAUCAGUGGUUCUUUCUUCAUCCAGAACAAAACCAGGGAUGGUGGAGAAAGUAAUUUUUAUCAUACCGGACAUGAAGUGGUGUCAAGCCUUCCUCUACAGAUGACCUUGUAUUUUAAUGUCUUUUUCUUUCCUAUGUGGUUUAUAUCGGAGGUCAUCAUGCUGGAGCUGAAGUAUCACCUGCUGCCUGGUUACUAUCAAUUCCUUUUAAUAACAGCAGUCACCAUUCUCACAUUAAUAGAGGGCCUGAGACUCUACCUGGGAUACAUUGGAAAUUUAGAAGAGAAGGUUCCAGAGUUGGCCGGGUUUCUGCUCUUGACAUUCCUCAUACAGAUGCCGCUCCUCCUGUUCCUUUUAACAGACAAACAAAUUGUGAUUUUGCCCCUGGAGUUUGCAGUUCAUACAAUUUUCAUCAUUUUCCUUAACAUUGAAUUAUUGGUGUCAUUCUUUGUCCUGAAAGUCAUGACAAGACAACUUGCUACUCAGUUUUACUUACAACAGACUGAUGACUUAGAAAAUAAAAACUUAACUACCAAGGUGAAAAUGCAACCCAACAGAGGCUCCAUGACAGAACUGCAAUAG